CCCCCCGCCCCCGGGUGGGCGUGGCCGCCGGCGGAGUCGGCCCGCGGAGGCGGAAGCGCUUCGGCGGCUGAUGGCGGCUGGGGAUUGGGAUCCUCUCUAACGCUCCCUCUCUGUCCGAGGAGCCCUCGCUGGGAUCACAAUGACAUCCUUUCAAGAAGUCCCGUUACAGACCUCCAACUUUGCCCAUGUCAUCUUUCAAAAUGUGGCCAAGAGUUAUCUUCCUAACGCGCACCUGGAAUGUCAUUACACCUUAACUCCAUAUAUCCAUCCACAUCCAAAAGACUGGGUUGGUAUAUUCAAGGUUGGAUGGAGUACUGCUCGUGACUAUUACACAUUUUUAUGGUCCCCUAUGCCAGAAAAUUAUGUAGAAGGAUCAACAGUCAAUUGUGUAUUAGCAUUUCAAGGAUAUUACCUUCCAAAUGAUGAUGGAGAAUUUUAUCAGUUCUGUUAUGUUACCCAUAAGGGUGAAAUUCGUGGCGCAAGUACACCAUUCCAGUUUCGAGCAUCUUCUCCGGUUGAGGAAUUGCUUACUAUGGAAGAUGAAGGAAAUUCUGACAUGUUGGUUGUGACCACAAAAGCUGGCCUUCUUGAGUUAAAAAUUGAGAAAACUUUGAAAGAAAAAGAAGAACUGUUAAAGUUAAUUUCUGUUCUGGAAAAAGAAACAGCACAGCUUCGAGAACAAGUUGAAAGAAUGGAAAAAGAACUUAACCAGGAGAAAGAGCAAUGUGAGCAGCUGCAAACAGAGAAUAAGGGGCUUAAUGAAGCAUCACAAACUUUAAAAGUGGAAAAUGAAGACUUAAAGAAGAGGUACAAUGAUGCUAUGUCUAAAUCUUCCCAGCUUGAGGAAGAUAUUUUGUCAGUGACACAAAGAGCAAUUGCAAAAGAAACUGAAUUAGACAGUUUAAAGGACAAACUCAGGAAGACACAGUAUGAAAGAGAACAAUUUGAAUGUCAGUUGAAGAUGGAAAAGGAUGAAAAGGAACUUUAUAAGGUACAUUUGAAAAAUACAGAAAUAGAAAAUACCAAGCUUGUGUCAGAGGUCCAGACUUUAAAAAAUUUAGAUGGGAAUAAAGAAAGUAUGAUUACUCAUUUCAAAGAGGAGAUUGGCAGACUGCAGUUAUGUUUGGCUGAAAAGGAAAAUCUGCAGAGGACUUUCUUACUCACAAAUUCAAAUAAGGAGGAUACCUUUCUUUUAAAGGAGCAGCUUCGUAAAGCAGAGGAGCAGGUUCAGGCAACUCGGCAGGAAGUGAUUUUUCUGGCUAAAGAACUUAGUGAUGCUGUCAAUGUGCGAGAUAAAACAAUGGCUGAUCUACACACUGCUCGCUUGGAAAAUGAGAAAGUGAAAAAACAAUUAGCCGAUGUGGUAGCAGAACUGAAACUGAGUGCUGUGAAAAAGGACCAGGAAAAGAACGAUACACUGGAACAUGAGCUGAGAAGAGAGGUCGAAGACCUGAAACUUCGUCUUCAGAUGGCAGCAGAUCAUUAUAAAGAAAAAUUCAAGGAAUGUCAGAGGCUUCAGAAACAAAUUAAUAAACUUUCAGACCAAUCAGCCAAUAAUAAUAAUGCCUUCACAAAGAAAACUGGGAACCAGCAGAAAGUGCAUGAUGCUUCAAUAAACACAGACCCGGCUACUGCUUCUUCCGCUGUAGAUGUAAAGCCGCCACCUUCUGCAGCUGAGACAGAUUUUGACAUGGCAGCAAAGGGGCAAGUUUGUGAAAUGACCAAAGAAAUUGCUGACAAAACAGAAAAGUACAAUAGAUGUAAACAACUGUUGCAGGAUGAAAAAACAAAAUGCAAUAAAUAUGCUGAUGAACUUGCAAAAAUGGAGCUGAAAUGGAAAGAACAAGUGAAAAUUGCUGAAAAUAUAAAGUUAGAACUAGCUGAAGUACAAGAAAAUUACAGAGAACUUAUUAGACGAAGUCUAGAAAAUCCAGCAGAAAGGAAGAUGGAAGGUCAGAAUUCCCAGAGUCCACAGAGGAUCUCACAGUUUCUCAGCGCAUGCUCAGAGCAGAAUGGUCAUUUUCCUGCCGUCCCGACUACACAGCCUGUUCUGCAGUAUGGGAAUCCUUAUGCAGCACUGGAAAUAAGAGAUGGAGCAGAUGGUGCUUUUUACCCAGAUGAAAUCCAGAGACCUCCUGUGAGAGUCCCCUCCUGGGGACUGGAAGACAAUGUUGUCUGCAGUCAGCCUGCUCGGAACCUUAGUCGACCUGAUGGUUUAGAAGACCCUGAAGAUAGUAAAGAAGAUGAGAACGUGCCCAUUGCUCCUGACACUUCAAGUCAGCAUUUUCGUGGUCAUGGAACAGGCUUUUGCUUUGAUUCCAGCUUUGAUGUUCACAAGAAGUGUCCCCUCUGUGAAUUGAUGUUCCCUCCCAACUAUGAUCAGAGCAAGUUUGAAGAACACGUUGAGAGCCACUGGAAGGUGUGCCCGAUGUGCAGUGAACAGUUCCCUCCCGACUAUGACCAGCAGGGAUUUGAAAGGCACGUGCAGACCCAUUUUGAUCAGAACGUUUUAAAUUUUGACUAGUCUCAUUAUUGUGAGCUAAAAGUUUAGCAGUUAAUGAAAACACCUUAAAUAGACUACUAGGGAUGCCAGGGGUGUCGCUUUCCUGUACCCUCUCUUGCACUUUUCUGACCAAGAGUUACUUUGAGUUUGGUGUUACUAGGGUCAGGGAAAAUCUUUGGCUUAUUAUUGGCUUAUCAAUAAAUAUAAUUUAACCUCCGUUAGUCUUAACUGCUUUAAGAAAAGAAGUUCUGUGUGUAUCUUAAUUUAUUCUCUAGUUUGCAAGAUUAUAUGACUAAAGGAAAUGAAUUAUUUUGAUGUUAUACCAUGCUGAAAAUGGAAUAUGUUAUUAGCAGAAUAUUUACAAGUUUCUGUUGACCUUGUUGAUUGAGCAUGACUACUACAUAUUAUGUAAUAAAAGGAAUUUAUCCUAACA